AUGGGGAUGUAUCUGGCGCUGGAGAUUGUGGCUGCCGAAGAAGAAGUCUCGCGCAACAUUCCUUGUCGAACCUCACAUCUACAAGGCAGAUAUUACAUAGAGGAAGUUCUUGGCAAUGACACAAGGUGUUACGAGAAUUUCAAUAUGAACCCUCACGUAUUUCAUAACCUGUGCGAUACGCUAAGAGCAAACUGUGGAAUCAGAAAUAGUAGGAAUGGUAUAACAGUCGAGGAGAUGAGGAACGUUGAUGUGCAGCCGGAAAUUCAGAGUUGCCGAAAAUGGUACCCAUUCUUUCAGAAUUGCAUUGGAGCAAUCGAUGGGACCCAUGUGUCUGUUUGUGUUCCAUCAUCGGUGAGAGACGCGUAUCGCGAUCGGAAUAACGAGAUUACGCAAAAUGUACUCGCCGCUUGUUCGCAUGACAUGAUGUUCACUUAUGUCGUCGCUGGAUGGGAGGGUUCUGCAAAUGACUCUCGAAUUCUGUCCGAUGCCUCUACAUUGGAAUUAUUUCCUGCACCAUAUGGCGAAUAA